AUGCAAAAAUGUAAAACAAAAUUUGGAAAUAAAACAGCAUUCUCAAUAUUAGCGCUAUAUCUAGAAUUACAUAGUAUUAUAAUACCAAAACAACCUAAAAAUAAAUUUGCAUAUAAAGAUUAUUAUGCUCUUUAUACAAAAGAAAAACAUCAAGAGUAUAAUAAU